AUGCUCUCCGGAAUCUUAAUCUUCAAUCAAAAGGGCGAGAACCUCAUCUUCCGCGCCUUUCGCAAUGACUGCCGCCCGCGCCUCGCAGAUAUCUUCCGCAUUCAGGUCAUCUCCAACCCCCAGGUGCGGUCGCCGAUAUUAACCCUGGGCUCGACAACAUUCAGCCAUGUGAAGCACGAAAACAUCUACAUUACCGCUGUGACGAAGAGCAAUGCGAACGCUGCGCUGGUUUUUGAGUUCCUGUACCGGCUUGUGCUGCUGGGGAAGAGCUAUUUUGGGAAAUUUGACGAGGAGGCCGUGAAGAAUAAUUUUGUUCUGAUUUAUGAGUUGCUUGAUGAAAUCCUCGACUUCGGCUACCCCCAGAACACCGAAACCGACACCUUAAAAAUGUACAUCACAACGGAGGGCGUAAAGUCCGCAAUCGCCAACAACCCCACCGACUCAGCACGGAUAACACAGCAAGCGACGGGUGCACUGUCCUGGCGCCGCGCCGACGUCAAAUACCGCAAGAACGAGGCCUUUGUCGACGUAAUCGAAGACGUGAACCUACUCAUGUCCGCAACAGGGACGGUCCUGCGCGCCGACGUAAACGGGCAGAUCGUCAUGCGGGCAUACCUAUCCGGAACACCAGAGUGCAAGUUCGGGCUGAACGAUCGGCUCCUGCUUGAUAAUGACGCCGCGGGGCCGGGGUCUAGUUCAGCGGGCGGAGCAAAUAUGGGCUCGAAGAUAGGAGGAUCAUCGUCGAAAACAAAGGCUGCGGCAGGGAGCGUCACGUUAGAAGACUGCCAGUUCCAUCAGUGCGUGAAGCUGGGCCGGUUCGACGCAGACCGUAUCAUCUCGUUUGUGCCGCCGGACGGGGAAUUCGAAUUAAUGCGGUACCGCGCAACAGAGAACGUCAAUCUGCCGUUCAAGGUGCACCCGAUUGUGCGUGAGAUCGGCACCACGAAGGUCGAGUACAGCGUCGCCAUAAAGGCGAACUACAGCUCGAAGCUCUUCGCGACGAACGUCGUCAUCCGCAUCCCCACGCCACUCAACACAGCAAAGACAACCGAGCGGACCUCGCAGGGCCGCGCCAAGUACGAGCCCGAACACAACAACAUCGUGUGGAAAAUUGCCCGGUUCUCGGGAGGCAGCGAGUUCGUGCUUACAGCCGAGGCGACAUUAACGACCAUGACGAAUCAAAAGGCCUGGUCGCGGCCGCCGCUGAGUCUGAAUUUCAGUUUGCUCAUGUUUACGUCCUCGGGGCUGCUGGUGCGGUACUUGAAGGUGUUUGAGAAGAGUAAUUACAGCUCUGUCAAGUGGGUGCGUUAUAUGACUCGGGCGGGAAGUUAUGAGAUUCGAUUCUAG